AAAAAAGUACUCUUUAAGUUGGUAUGUUCUUAUUGUUAUCUAGAUCCAAGCGUGAUGGAAAUUGAGCCUUUUUCUUUGAUUAGGAUUGGAUAAGCAUUGAAUUGAAAUGAUAUUUAUCCAAAUAAAAUAUAUAAAUACGUAGUGGUUAUGUCGAAAUGACUUCUCUAUUACAAAGUGUGUGUCACUCUAAUAAUUAUACUAGUCUCUAUCACGAAGAAUACAAAUUGUUUACUUAUAAUUGAAUAUUAACCAAAUUAUCCAAACAAAUAUUUCUAAUAUUAGAUUAGUUAUGGUGGAAGUUGGUUGUAGACAAGAAUACGCUUUGACUAUGUUAUUUUUUUUUUUGUGGUAAGACGUAAAAUUGCACAAACAUGCACGUUAAAAACUUGUAGGGCCGAAAUACAAAAGAUGAAUAAAUUCAGGGGUCUAUUUGUUGGAAAUAUGAGAAAAUUAAUUUUGUGGCGUUGGAGAAAGGAACAAGUUGGAGCUGCUCGAGUCUGUUUUUUGGUCGCGUUGGCGGGACAGUCUGUCAUGCUUGUGUUUGCCCCUCGGUUUUCGCUUUUAUUUACGGUUUUCGCCAUUAUAUUUAUUCUGACCAUUUUGCCCUUAGACGGUGACCUUUCCGUUGUGCUUCUAUUUCAUUAUUUUUUAGAUCCUAUGGUCAAACUCUUUUCGUGUUUAUCCAUUUACAAAGUCUUUGAAUGUUAUUCAUUAUUAUUAGGGUUCUCUUAUUAUUAAUGUUUACUUUUAAAAAGGUUUCUUGACUUUCAUAAUUAAGUCGUACAAGAGCUAGCUACAGUAUUUAGGGUUAUUGGUUCAUGAUACGUAAUGCAAAUGCAACUUGUGGAAGUUGAUAGUUAUUAGGGUUAUUCGGCAGUUUGG